GCGACUUGUCUCGGACAACCACCUCCUGAACCACCACCUCCUUUACCACUUCACUAAGCUACCAUGACCGUCAUCUGGGGACUCAACUUGAAGGAGAUUCAGUUCUGGAAGUUCAAGGGGUCGUAUAUGUUUAACCAGGAGUACCAUCUCCGCCGCACGAAGAUGAUAGUCUACCAAAUGGCCAUGAUUUUCUGUGUCGUCUCCGAGUCCUUGGGUACUGCCGCCCUCUCAGACUAUGCGAACCAACAACGAUUUGUAACGCGAACGUCAAGUUCAUCGGAAUACAACGACGACUUCAUCGGCAUCGCAUCUUUCAAUAUUUUCGUUGGCGUCUUCGUCGCUACAAUAUUCGGCGCAGGAUUCUUCUUCGACCUCUUCUGGCCAAAGCGACACGAGAGCAAUGCCGUCCGGCUAGCGUGGAAGAUCUGUGCUAUCCUUGCCUGCAUAAUGGGGCUCGCUGAUGCCAUCGCUCUUACAUUCAUCGUCGCAACCCGGCGAGCAACAAUAUUCGGUCCCGAUGCUUCAGAAGCAUUAGCCCUCCUUAAUUCGUCAGCAAAGGUCAACCCUGCGCUCAUCUACAGGGAGAACCCAAGAGCACUCGCAUCCGUUAUCUUCAUCUGGCCAGGUUGGGUCUCCACCAUCGGCAGCACCUUCAUCCUCUUCAGGUCACACAAGCAUGACGAGCGUCUCGGACCCAUGUCGAGGGAGGGCGCUGCACAUGGUGACACCACUGAGAUGCAGAAUGGCACGAAGGAGACGGUCUAGAGCGUGGUUCAUCCAACCCUUUGAUACCCCGCCCUAUAUCCCUAUUCAUAUGGCGUUCGUGGGUUGGUGUUGGUGGUCCCUUACGCGCGGCCGCGGAUCGCAGUGGCUCCAUUGAUUUAUAUUUCUCGCUUCUUCACGACAAAUGCAUCCUUCUCUCGCUUGUAUUCUCAGCUUUGACCACCAUAGACGCUCGCACUCACGUUCUCAAUGCAUUCACCUACUUACAGUCAGUUUACCUUACCAUACGAUUAUCAUACAUCCAGUCUCACGUACCCAUUCCCGCAUCUCCUCCCCAACAGACCCCGGGCUGUUCUCUCCCUUGUCCCGUCCCC